AUGUGUCAUAAAUAUUUAGACUAUACUGAACCAAGUUUUAAAAAACUUAAGUUAGACGAUUGUAUGGAAGCAUGUAAACACUUUCAAGGAUCUUGUAUAUACCUUAAUUUACUAGAAUCUGAACCUUCUAGUGAGAAUUUACUAAGUAUUAAAGACAUAUUUAGGGCUGAUUGUGAAUAUUGCUUCGAUGGAGAACAGGAUUCUUGGUUAAUUCAAGAUUUAUUAGUAUCUAGCUAUAUUAUAGAUAUAAAAUGGUUAUUUAAAGAAGUUAGACUCAAUAAAAUUGACGAAAAAUUGAAUAGGCUUUUGAUUAUCCACGGGGGAUCUUGUAAUUUAGAUGAUACAACUGAAAUACAAAUACUGAAUAUUGCAAAGAACUACGAAAUACAAUGUCCAACUAUGCCUCUUCCCUAUGGAGUAUUUCAUCCUAAAUUCCUUAUUUUAAAGUUUUCAAAACAAGACCCGAUUAUUAAAAAAGAGGAAAGUUUUAUUCGAUUAGUUAUAACUACGGCAAAUUUUUUAGAGAGUGAUUGGAAGUUCAAAACUCAAGCUGUCUGGGUACAAGACUUCUUGCUUGCAAACAAUUCCAAUGGUGCAAUGAAGAACCCAUUUUGUGAAUAUUUUGGUAUGUUUCUAAAUCAUAUAAUAAGUAAAAUAGAACAUAAGAAGUUUUGGAGUGAUUUAAUUAAACAAUAUGAUUAUGAUAAUGCCACUGUAGAUCUUGUAGCUAGUGUACCAGGAUAUCAUAAGGGAGAGAAUAUGAAACUUUGGGGACAUCUUAGAAUGAAAGAAAUUAUGAAAUAUAAAACGGAUUUAAAUAGUACCUUAAAUAUUGAACAGCCAAAUAGAAUUUGUAAAGUUGAGCAAUACAAUAAUGAAUAUAGACAUGUAGAAAGUCGAAUUAUAUGUCAGUUUUCAAGUCUUGGAAAAUUUUCUGAAAAAUGGCUUACCCAAGAAUUUGGAGAUUCAUUGAAUACUUGUAUUAAUGAAUACACAACUAAAAGUAGUUUCGAACUAGUUUAUCCAACUGCAGAACAAGUAUACAAAAGUUUAGAAGGUAUUUAUGGAGGUGGAUCUAUUCCUGUAAAACAUAAUAAUAUUACUAAAUCUUGGAUUUCAAAAAUAUUACAUCUUUGGGGAAGUGGUACCCUAUCAAAUCCUUCUAUAAGAGAUCUUUCAGUUCCUCAUAUCAAAACAUUUCUUAGAUAUCUUUGGAAUAGUGAUCGGAAGACAGUAUCUAUUCCGUGGAUCUUUUAUGGAAGUCAUAAUCUAGGACCUGCUGCCUGGGGACAGCUUCAAAAUAACCAAACUCAAAUGUGUAUUAGAAAUUAUGAACUAGGUGUCAUUAUUACACCAUAUACAUUGUAUAAUAAUGUUAAAUACAUCAGAACUAAAAGAAAUAGAACACCAAAAUUUAUAUGGACUAAAAUGGAAACUAAAAGCACUCCAAAUUAUAAUAUACGAGUUCCAUUUUCAAUUCCACCUAUACAAUAUAAAACUAAUGAUACCCCAUGGUAUAUUGAGUUAUUAGUUGACUCUUAA